CCUUUACUUGUUAUCACGGCGACUUUAAGGGGUAUGUCCCAAGCUGGUAACAUUUCUCCUGCACGGAUGAACUUCUUCAGAGGAUUCGCUUCCAAGCUCUUCGUCAAAGGUCUUCAAAACUUCUGCUUUUGAUUCAUCGGUGGAGCUAUUUGGUGGCUGUACCGUGCAGUUCUCCGUGUUCUUGCUAAAUUUGAUGAAAAUAGGACUGAAAUUGGAUGCUGAGGUUUAAAAUGGUUCAACUUCAUUCAGAAUUAAGCUAUGUUCAAAUGCUUAAGGAGUUAUAUAUGACUGGUAGUGAGACAACCUAGUGCUACCAGCCAUAUAGGCAGAUUCUCAUUUUAGGCCUUUUCUUUGGAUGUGGAAUCUCAUCAAGGCAGGGCCCUUGAGACUCACUCCUAAGGAAUAAACCUGGAUAUACAACUCAACCCACCAAAACCAUGUAGAAGGUAAUCUAGUAGAACUCUAGUGUGGAAUCGGAUCCAGGGUAUCUGAAUCUGCAACUCAUCCCAUGCCCUUUGACCACUACGCUACACACCUCACAGGUAUAUCUUUCUCCACCACAGAGGAGAGACUAGUGGAAGCGUUUUCUAAAUUUGGUCAAGUCAUUGAAGGUAAAGUAAUUAUGGACAAAGUUAGAAACCGAUCAAAAGGUUAUGGGUAUGUGACUUUUGCUAAAGAGGAUGAAGCCCAGAAAGCCUUGAUGGACAUGAAUGGGAAGUCACUUGAUGGACGCGUUCUUUUUGUGGACAAUGUAAGGCCCAGUAGGAAUUUCAAUUCUGGCGUGCCAAUAGCAAGAGGAUCCCCAGUGCCAGCAGCUGAUAGCUGAUACUAACCUUUCAACUAUUUUCUUUACACAUGCAAUAAUGUCAACAAAGUGGGUUAAUUGCCAGAUAUUUCUUUUGUAGCUUGUAUAUUUGUCAUGAUUCAGUAAGCAUUCAUUCUCACCUUGCUUCCAAACACCCCUUAAAACUUUCCAUCGAGUUCUCUUUAGCAAUUGAUGGCAGAUAUACAGGAAUGGGAUGCAAACCACAGGAAAACCUGUAUGGAGUCUUGACAAAACCAAUGAACCUAAAGAGUUGAAUGAUGUUACAUGUCUAUACCUAAUUAGUAGGGUUAGGUUGCAUUUGUGUACAUAGGACAAUAAAUUAGCUGGUGAAUAGUGUUUUCAAGUGGAUAAUGCCUCUGUGUUUCCUGCCAAUUUUAUGUAAGUUUUGCCUUUUAUGGUUGUUCUAUGUUA